GUACCCCAAUUAAUUCAAUUUCGUUUUCACUUACGAUUUCAAACCCACAAACAAAAGCUCUCUCUCUCUCUCUCUCUCUCUCCCCCCUCUACUUCCAUCAUCACCGUCAUUUCUGAGCCUCUCCUCUGAAUUCAACUACACACGCACAUACACACUCUCUCUCUCUAAAAAUGGGUUCGGGCUCUAGUCGACUGGGAAGGCGCUCAUCACGGACCCGAGUGAAUCGCAGUAACCUCUCCAACUUCUUCUUCUCUAUCAUCUGCGGUGGCUCCUCUUCUCGCGCUACUCUUGAGAUGGAAAAUCAUCCAGAUGAAAUUCUGGUAAAUUCUACAAAAAAUUUUGAUCCUGUCACCAAUGAGAUCUGGAAUCUUGCAGAGGAGUCUUCAUUCAGUUCUGGAAUAGGAACAAGAUCUACCAGCUCUGUUGCUGAAAUUGGAGCAUCAUCUGGAAGCAGUGUCACAGUCGGUGAGGGAACCUCUGCUGAAAGUGGUUUGAGAAAUAAUGGAACAAGUAGUCAAAGGAUGUCUGAAAGUAAGGAAUUAGUUACUCCCUAUCAGGUAAGUGACAAUUAUAGUCAUGAUGAAUCUUGUAGGCAUAGAAGUAGUGCCGAAGCUAGUACUUCAUUUAAAGAACAACAAUCUUCAGAUUCUGUCUCUGUAAAUGUUUUGGCUAACAAGGAUGCAGUCAAUGGCAUUGACAAUUCAGAGGACAAGGAUGGUUCCCAUAUCUGUCCUGAGAUCAUACAUUCGAGCAUUUCAUCUCCUCAAGGGCUUGGAGAUUCACACACUAAUGGGGUUUCUAUUGAGAAUCACUUGGAUGACGUAACAGGCAUGUUUGCUUCUGAUUCUGAUUCUAUACCUCAUAGGUCAGAGGUUCCAGUAACUUUUCACUCUUCAGGAGAUGAAUCUAUACAAGAAGCAAUACCUUCAGGUUUAGGAUUUCUUGUGGCCAAUAGGGAACAGGGCCAGGGAGAUGGAAAUUUACUACAUGUAGAUGUGGUAAGCAUCUCUUCCAGCAUUUUGUCAAGCAGCAAUGCUGACAUGAUUGGUCAUGAGGCUAGAAGGAACAGUAGAAGACUGUUUUGGGAUGCAUUUUCAAGACGUAGUUCUAGAAGGCAUCUUGAUUCUCCAACCAUUGUUUUCUCCAGAGAUAAUAGCGAUGAUCUACUAUCUCAUGAUAGAUGGCUCCUUGAUUUCAGUGAUAAUUUUUUUGAUGAUGGGAUAGGCAGUGAUUCUGGGUACUUGCGCAGUAGAAUUCACAACUUGAAUGGACAAAGGCGACACUCGAGAUCUGAGAUCUUGGAAAGACUUCGCAGUGGCCUUGAUGAGCAUGGUCGGAGAACUACCUUCUGUCCAUCUGGACUCCAUCCCGCUGGUACAUGCUCAUGCGAAUCAUUGCCGACAACUGAGGAGCCUAGUAAUCGUGCAAGUAUAUCACGAAUAGUCAUGCUUGCUGAAGCUCUUUUUGAGGUUUUGGAUGAAAUUCAUCGCCAGCCUGUGUCACUUUCCCUAUCAAUGGUAUCCCUACCAGCUCCAGAAUCAGUUGUUGACUCUUUCCCUCUUAAGAAUCACAAAAAGGAGGACAAAGUUGAGGGCAGUGAUGAUGUUGAACAGUGUUACAUUUGUCUGGCUGAGUAUGAGGAAGGGGACAAAAUAAGAGUUCUUCCUUGCCACCAUGAGUAUCACAUGUUGUGUGUCGACAAAUGGCUUAAAGAGAUACAUGGGGUGUGCCCACUCUGUCGAGGGGAUGUUCGUCAGGGUGCCAAUGAGGCUUCUGUCUCUGCCAUGGAGUCUUCUGUCCCUAAUCCAGAAGUCCCUUAUAUUUGACAGAAUUGUAUAUAUGAAUGUAAAUACCAACCCACCACCAAUGUGCUCAAUUUACACAUUUUAGCAUCAUAUUCAAAGGGUGUCAUUCUGUAGAAUUUUAUAGAAGGCGUUUUAUGGCUUAAUAUUUGGUUCCAUUUUA